AGCCUGUAACCUGUCUUGUGAAACCUAGCCACUGAAAGACGAUGUCAGAUGACGACCGCCAGAGAAACCAGGAGCAAGCGCGAUACGGUGUCUUGCUGUACUACAGGUACGCAUCAAUCCCCGAUCUUGACGACCUCCGUUCCUUCUACGAAUCGAAUUGCAACUCAUUGAAGCUGCUUGGCCGAGUCCGACUCUCCCCUUACGGCGUCAACGUCACUGUCGGUGGGAAGUUAUCCUCACUGGAGGAGCACAUGGCUGCAGUGAAGUUGAAUCGCUUAUUUGAAGGGACCGACUUCAAGCUUGCAACCUGUCAUCACCCAUUGAACGACAAGGUUGCCCAGGAAUGUGGGUUCACUUCUCUGUCCAUUCGAGUUGUCAAGGAGCUCGUUACUUUUAGCUCUCAUCCUUUGCUAAAAUCACCUGAAAUUUCUAUUGCGGGAAGGCAUCUGUCUGCUGCUGAGUUUCAUACUGUUCUUCAGAGUGCUGCAUUAGAUGGUUCAACUGAAAGCGAGAGACUUGUUCUGUUGGAUGCAAGGAACUUAUAUGAGACAAGAAUUGGGAAGUUCCAAAUGCCAAGUGUGGAAACGCUGGAUCCGGGAAUCCGGCAAUACAGUGAUCUGCCUUCCUGGAUAGACAACAAUACAGAGAGACUGCGAGGAAAACGUGUUCUUAUGUACUGUACUGGAGGAAUCCGAUGCGAGAUGGCAUCAGCUUAUAUUAGAUCAAAAGGUGCUGGCUUUGAGAAUGUGUUUCAACUAUUUGGCGGAAUACAGAGAUAUUUGGAACAAUAUCCUGAUGGGGGUUUCUUCAAAGGAAAGAACUUUGUUUUUGAUCAUCGGAUUUCAGUUGGUAGCUCGGAUGCAAAAAUUAUGGGCACCUGCCAUCUUUGCCACUCAUCUUUUGAUGACUAUUCUUCGCGUUGCCGAUGCAGUCACUGUAGAAUGCUUGUUUUGGUCUGUGACAGUUGUCGGAUAGAAGGAGCUGCUUAUGUUUGCGAGUUAUGCCAGAAGCAUGGUAACGGCUUAGGACUACAAGCAUCCAUUGAACUUAGUAAAUCCCAAGUAACAUCCCCAGAAACUGAGGUUGCAAGUGAUCCCUAUGAUCCUGAAUUCUUACUUCAUCUUUCUAGGGGGCAUGACUGUGGUCCUCGUAAGAAACUAAGAAUCUUGUGCUUGCAUGGAUUUCGUCAGAACUCCUCUAGCUUUAAAGGAAGAACUGCAUCAUUAGCGAAGAAACUUAAAAACAUUGCUGAACUUGUUUUUGUUGAUGCACCCCAUGAGUUAUCAUUUGUCUACCAACCUUGCGGUACACAGCCAGAUACUAAUUACUUAUCAGCUCUAUCACAAUUCAGUCCUCCACCGCCACCUGGGAAUUGCAAGAAGAAAUUUGCAUGGUUGGUAGCACCCAAUUUUGAUGGAAAGAAUGGAGCUGAUUGGAAAGUUGCUGAUGGUCCAUUUGAUCCUCUCCAAUAUCAGGAGCAGACGGGUGGAUUUGAUGUGUCACUAGCAUUUCUCAAGAAGGUAUUCUCUCAAGAAGGGCCAUUUGAUGGAAUCUUAGGAUUCUCUCAGGGAGCAGCGAUGGCUGCUAUGGUUUGUGCGGAAAAGGAAAGGCUGAAGAGUGAAAUAAAUUUCAGAUUUGCAAUACUCUGCUCUGGAUUUGCUCUUAAGUUAUCAAGGUCAGAGCAAGGAUCAAUCAAUUGCCCUUCUCUCCAUAUAUUUGGCAGUGAUCUGGGGAGGGACAGGCAGAUUGCAAACCAGGCUAGCAGGGAGCUGGCUUCAAUGUUUGAAGAUGAGUGCUCGGUGAUUAUUGAACAUGACUCUGGUCAUAUUAUUCCCACUCGAUCUCCGUACAUUGAUGAGAUUAAGAGCUUUCUUCUGCGUUUUCUUUGAAGUGAUUCAAAACUAUUGCCGUGUUGUUGGGUCUGAAGAUAAGAUUCAAUAUACUUUUCACAUGGAUUGGAAGACAGAUAUAUGGCAAGUCCAUAUCUGGCUGUGCGAUCUAUUUGUUAAGUUACAGUGACAUGUUCUCUUCUUUUCUACUGACAUUGAAGAUGUCCAUAUCCAGGAGAGAUUUUGACUUUCUUUGUACUUGGUUUAGACAUUAGAGUAAGUAUAACUAAAGAGUGUAUAACUAGGGAAGGCAAAAAACCCGUAAACCAUGAAAAUUUUCCGGUCUUUGACAGACCGUUGCAGGUUUUAACUGAAUUCGAAAUAGACUUGGUUGGUUCAGGAAA